CAAUAUGGCGCUCAACAGUGAUAUUUUAUUUUAUACCCUUCGAUUAUAAUCUAACUUAUAUAAUUUUGACGAGAAACAAAUGGUCUUAUCAUUAGCAUCAUAGUCAGCAAGGUAACAGACAAAACUCGACAUAAAUAAAUCUUAGAUCUAUAUUGAUGACUACUAAGCCAUUUCUAAGCUUGCAAGCCAAAAAAAAAUACUGCAUCCCGUUUCAAAUUCGGAGGGAGGGGAAAAACGAAAAAGGUCACAGCCCGGGCCCCGGGGUAGGUGGGCGUGUUGGCUACUUGGCUCCCUUUGCCUUGGCACGCAAGCAGCCGCCGGAGGGAGACGGACCGAAACUGAAAAUAUCAGGUCAUCAUCAUCAUCCACGCGCGUGACAUCACCACUCCUCGCGAACUAACCAAAUUACUGCACGUCCCCUCGAUCACUGGGCGUGACUGCGUGGGCGGGCAGACAGGAGUGGCCGCGGUGCAAAAAAAAAGGAGAGGAGAAAGAACGACGCCACAGAGGCCACGCGGCCUUUGCCGCCACGAAAAAAAAAGCCGGCUCACGUGUCGGUCCCUGACACGUGGGGCCGCCACGCACGCAGCGGAUGCGGCGGGGCUGGAGCGACACGUCGGCCGCCGCCGCCGCCUCUAGGAUGUCCCCGUCGCUUUCUGGUGGGACCGGCGGGGAUACGGCCCGGUGCCAUUGGAUACCCGGCUCUGCUAUCACCUACAGGUGGGUCCUGCGGCCUCUGUGGGGGUGGGGAAAGCAAACGGUCUGUUUCUUCGUUCGUUUGGUGCCUGGCUGCCUGCGGUUAAACGGGCAGCAAAGAAAAAGAAAAUGAUUUCCCGAAAUGGGCUCGGGGAAGGGAUGCUAUAAAAAGUGGAGUUGUCAGCCAACAACGGCGGCAGCGAGCGCACGAAAGUUGGUUCGGAGGUUUCUUGAGGGGUUUAGCUUGGCGGCAAGUCAAAUGCGAGCGGAGUGAUGUGGCCCAUGGAGGAAGAGGAGGUGUUCGUGACGGUGAGGCGGACGGAGCACGUCGACGUCACCUCCCGGGCGGUGGUCGUGGCUGCGGGGCGCGCCGCCGUCGCGGGGCCCAGGACGGUGCGGGUCUUCUGCGACGACUACGACGCGACCGACUCGUCCGGCGACGAAGCGGAGGAGGAGGAGGAAAAGAAGGCCGCGCGCAGGAGGGUGAAGCGCUACGUGCAGGAGAUCCACCUGGAGCGGGCGGCAAAGGAGGAGGAGGAGGCGACGGCCGCGGCGUCUCUGGGGGCGGUGCUCCCGGGGCCGAAGCGGAAGCGGAAGCCCGACGGUGAGGCCUCGGAGCCCCGGUUCCGCGGCGUGCGGCGGCGGCCGUGGGGCAAGUACGCGGCGGAGAUCCGCGACCCGUGGCGCCGGGUGCGGGUGUGGCUCGGCACCUUCGACACCGCCGAGGAGGCCGCCAAGGUGUACGACUCGGCCGCCGUCCAGCUCCGCGGCCGCGACGCCACCACCAACUUCCAGCAGCAGGUGGACCCCGAGCGCCUCUCACAGCCGGCGGCGUCCAAGAGCGCCGCGACAUCGACAUACGACUCCGGCGAGGAGUCCGUGACGGCGGUGGCGUCGCCGACCUCCGUGCUCCGCUCGUUCCCGCCCUCCGCCGACGCCGGCGGCACACGCAGCAAGGCUGCCGCGAGGAACCCGGAGACCGGCGAUUCGACCAUCGUGUUCGGCUGCCCCUUCUCCUUGGCCAGCGAGCUCCCGGCGCUGUACACCGAGUUCGACCUGCUGGCCGACCUCCCGCUGGACUUCCUCGCCGACGCCCCGGAGGUGGAGGCGCUGUCCCUGCCGCCGUUCUCCGCCUGCACACCCGAGGAGGAGGAGGAGUGCCCGUCCGACGCGGUGAGGUGGCGGCAGGUGGACGAAUUAUUCCAAGACAUCACCGACCUGUUCCAGAUCGACCCGCUGCCCGUCGCCUAGACUCUCUCUGCGCACCGGGUUCGCCUAGUCCGGCCAAUUUUGGUUCCGCCGUCUUGUUUUUAUUUGGGAAAAGCUGUAUUGUUUUAGCGUAUGAAGAAGGGAAGAAGAGACAAAGAAGAAGUGUCCGGCGGCGAAUCCCCCUCCCCGCCAAGGAGGAAGAAGUGAGUUUUUGGCA